GGAGCCUGAUGAGGUCAGAGUUGAACAGCAGACGGACGCGGAACUAAACUUUUCUGGUUUACAGGAAUGAGAUAAGGUGUAUUUGCUGUUGUUAUGUUAUUUAAGUCUCUCGUAGGGAGUGCCUGCACUCUGCUUGGAGCUGCAACAGCCUACAGACUCGUACCUGUGGAAGUCCAGGCCCAGGCAGCUGCCCUCCUUCACAGCGCGGUGAGGAAAUCCUCUCUGGUGGAACAAACAAACAUGAAGGUUGAACUCCUCCCAGCACUCAGCGACAACUACAUGUACCUCCUGAUAGAUGUGGACUCCAAGGAAGCAGCUGUUGUUGAUCCUGUGGAGCCAAUAAAGGUCGUGGAAGCUGUUAGAAAACAUGGCGUAAAACUCACAACGGUGCUGACCACUCAUCACCACUGGGAUCACGCCAGUGGAAAUGAGAAGCUGGUGAAGUUCCUGCCAGGACUGAGGGUCUACGGAGGAGACGACAGAGUCGACGCUAUCACAAAGAAAGUGUCUCAUAACAACAGCUUCAAAGUUGGAUCUCUCAAUGUUAAAUGCCUGUUUACACCGUGUCACACAACUGGUCACAUCUGCUACUAUGUGACAAAAGAAAACAGCACUGAGCCACCAGCUGUUUUCACAGGAGACACUCUGUUCAUGGCUGGAUGUGGAAAAUUCUUCGAGGGGACAGCAGAGCAGAUGCACAAAGCCUUGAUAGAGAUUCUGGGACGCCUUCCUCCUGAAACGCGUGUUUACUGCGGUCACGAGUACACCGUCAGCAAUCUGAAGUUUGCACGUCAUGUGGAACCGGACAAUGAAGUCAUUGAGAAGAAGCUCGCAUGGGCAAAGGAGAAAUGCAGCAACGGAGAACCGACCAUCCCGUCCACUCUGGCAGAUGAAUUCACAUUUAACCCCUUUAUGAGAGUAAAAGAGAAAUCCGUCCAGGACCACGUGAAGCAAACCAGCCCGAUUGAAACCAUGAGAAGUCUCCGGAAAGAAAAAGACAGCUUCCGGGUUCCCAAGGAGUGAUGUCCACUUCAUUCAUGCUGAAUAUUUCUCAACAAAUGCUGACAAAAAACUGCUUUCAAGCUUUCAAUAGAUACCACAGAAAUGAUCUGCAAUCAAUUUAAACUAAACUAAAAUUAGAUCUGCUCCAUUCAGUCACACAGUCAUACAUUCAGCCCUGAUAUGGCCAUAAAUUGUUGUUUUUAGUUUGUUUGGAUGAGAUUGGUGUGAUCGUUUUAAGGAAUAUAUGGCCAUUAAUUGAAUGCUUUAAGUUUUUUCUAAUCUGUAAAAAUCUGAGUUUUAGAGUCUAUUUAGUUAAUGUUGUAAUAUAUGAAUGUACAAAGUGAAACUUCAUGAAGUGUUAUAAAAUCCAUAACCUUUAACAGGGAGCUGCUUGAGGAAAUAAUUUUGAAGUAUGUGUAAAAAGUUGUUAUGAAUGCUUUUAUUUUUUAAUGUUUCCUCAUGGCAUUUUCUUUUCGUAUUUGCCUGGAAGCUGUUAGUUUGAUUGUUUAUUAUGUAUAAUUUAGCACAAGUGCUUUUUCUUUUUUCUUUUUUUUAAAAGCAUUUUGUCUGCAAA